AUGGCUGGAGGACGUUACCACGUUUGCAGGAAGUGUGGCCCGGCCAGCUGGAUCUUCGCGGCAAAGGUGCCCAAGUUCCCCAAGUGUCAGUGUGGGACACUCGCCAAGCCGGCUCGCGCAGAGGAUGUGGAUCUUGUUGCUCUCCUGCAGCAGCAUGUCGGAGACCUUCCCCAGGUCAUCGUGGACGCCCUGCCGGCUACCCCAACCCCGGACCCGCGCCAGGAGGGGAAAGAGGCUGGGGAUGUUCUUCGCAGCUCGGUUGGCAAGCUCCGUGAUCUGGGCCAGAGGAAACUGAGACUGCAGGAGGAGAUCGACACAGCCAAGGACAACUUGCGAGCAAUGCUUCACAAGAUGCAGGACAUCCAGAAUGCCAUCGAGGAGGCAAAGGUGGAAGUCGCGAAGACCACCAAGGAGUAUGAAGACAAGGUGGUCAAGCAUUGCGCGGAAGAGGUAAACAAUGGAGUGGAAUCUGUCCUGCAGGCUUUGGGCAUGCAAGAGGCCAGCCUUACCGAAGAGCAAAAGCGGAAGCUGGAAGCUCUGAAGUCCGAUGAAGCCAAGCGUAGACGCAUGCAGGGGGACCAGUGGGGGGCCAGGUUGGGGAUGGUCUCGCGCUUGCAGUUUUGUGUCGGCUGUGCCGAGGAGGUGGACCUCGACCCACAGGUACCCAGUCGUCUUGUCGCAGCAGACGAACCCGACGACGUCGCAACAGGAAUCUCAAGGUCUGUUCGGCCAAUGUCACCCGAUGGCGGUCGAGUCACCGGAAAUGGGCCCACACCUUGUCCCCGGACAUUCUUAUGCUACAAGAACUUCACCUCACCAAAGAGGAUCCUAGUGACCUUCCACGCCUCGCAAGGCUGUGGCUAUGUUAUUGUGGCGUUGCGUUCCAAAGGGGUAGAUUUCAAUUGGAUCUCCUUGUACCUGGAAAGUGGGACUGGCUUGGAUAGCCCAGUCAAUGAUCUUAUCCUGUCCAGCCUUACCCAACAUUUGUCCCUCCUUCAAGGCAUGUGGGUGGUUGGUGGGGACUCUAACGUUCUGAUCCAGGACUUCCUUAACUCCAGGUAUGAAGAAAGGUGGCAGGGCCGAGUGGUGGGCAGUGGGUCCCCUACGGCGGGAGGGGACUCUGAGAUUGACUUCUUUGUCGUCCAUCCCAGUCUUCAAUCCCUGUCGACGGUCCGGCUGUCUUUUGACACUCCUUUCAAGCCUCACGGACUUCUAACCUUGGACGUGCCAGUGCACUCCCUUCAGUUGAGAGUCGAGACAAAAUAUAAGGAAGCUUUGGCCUCCCAGACCUCCCAGAACUCCGAGUCUUACUCCAAGUGGCUGGAAGAGGCGCAAAAUGAUCACCUCCGCCCCCUUUACCGGGAAGUAUGGGAUGCCUUGUGCGACUUAGCCCGGGAGCAGGUCCGUUCCCUGCCCAAGCAUUCUGCUAGCUCUGUCGCCAAGAUAUGCGCCGCAAAAAAUCCCAAAAAAGGAGGCCCGGACGGCUGGGAUUUCAACGAUCUUCGGGACUUGCCUCGGGACGCCUAUGCAGUCCUCGCCGACGUCUUCAACAAAAUGGAGGAGGACCUUGUCAUUCCCCUCCAAGUUUCCCAGGUCCAGAUUGUUCUUCUGGCCAAGAGUGCCUUGAAGGAAAGACCUAUCGGUCUUACCUCAGUCCUAUGGCGGCUUUGGUGUAAGACUCGGCGGAUCUUGGUCGGCCAGUGGCUGGACUCUUAUAUUCCUGAUCACCCUUUUGACUCGGCGAUCCCAGGCUUGCGGUUGUCUUUCCCAGCCUUGGCCCUGUGCCUCUCCCUCCGCCUCUACCAAGGUGGUCGCACGGUGGUGGGUGAAUCCCAGCCUAGUCCAACCAUCUUCCCAGGCUUGGAUCAUUGCGACGUAUGGUUGGACGAUGUCUCUGCAGAUUCACUCCAUGCCUCGCCGGAUAUAGCCGCGGGAGCGGCUUAUGAAGCCUUUCGAGUGCUCAAGUCCAGUCUUCAGGCUGAAGGUCUUGUCCUCAGCCAAGAGAAAACGAAAUUUGUGGCCGGAACACCCCGCUCAGCUGCGGCGCUGCGAAAGCUGUUGCGGCCAGGGGACCCUGACAUAGUCGACGUGGUCAAGGAUUUAGGCCUUGACAGUGGCAGUGGACGCCGGCGCAGGACAACUACUGCCCAGAAACGCUUCCGGGUAGGUGGCCUCCGUAACCUGAAGUUGGGUAAGCUUCGCAUUCCGUCACGCCGUGUCCGGCUGCGGUUGCAUCGUUCUAGUGUGGUCACCUCGGGUCUUUAUGGCCAUGAAGCACAGGGGGAUGAUGGCCAGAUGUACCUGUAA